CCCCGCUAUCCCGCAGCGCCAUGACGUCACCGGCCAGUCUCUCCUGCCUGGGGCCGCUUUUGGUCAGCAGCGAUCGCCGAGACGCAACUCUCCGGACCUUUUAAACACCCCGUCAGCCACGCGCGGACAAACCUCACAAAAUGGGCAACUGUCAACCCACAAUCGUACCCUAUGAGGAGUUUGAUGUCAUCGCUGACAUCAAGGCCAUCCGCAAAGCCUGCAAAGGGCUGGGAACUGAUGAGCAGGCCAUCAUUGACAUAAUGGCAAAUCGAAGUGCAGCCCAGCGUCAGGAGAUCAAACAGGCCUAUUUUGAGAAAUACGAUGACGAGUUAGUGGAUAAGCUUAAGAGUGAGCUGUCGGGGAGUUUCGAGAAGGCCAUCCUCGCCAUGUUGGACCCCCCCGUCAUCUACGCUGUGAAGGAACUGAGAAAAGCCAUGAAGGGAGCAGGCACUGAUGAAGACGUGCUGGUCGAGCUCCUCUGCACCGCCACAAAUGCUGACAUUGCCUUGUUCAAGGAAUGCUACUUUCAGGUGCAUGAGCGUGACCUCGAGGCUGAUAUUGAAGGAGACACCAGUGGGGAUGUGAGAAACCUGCUCACAACUCUUCUGCAGGGCAUGAGAGAUGAGAGCUAUGAGGUGGAUGAGGCCCUGGCUGAACAAGAUGCUACCUCUCUCUUUGAGGCUGGAGAGGGAUGUUUUGGAACAGACGAGUCCACGUUUAGCUACAUCCUAGCCAGCAGGAAUUACCUGCAACUCCAGGUCACCUUCAAGAUUUAUGAGCAGCUCUCUGGAACUGAAAUCCUAGACGCUAUUGAGAACGAGACCUCUGGGACACUGAAGAGAUGCUACAUCACUCUUGUCAGAGUCGCCAAGAACCCACAGUUGUACUUUGCCCGACGUCUGAAUGAGGCGAUGGCAGGAGCAGGCACUGAUGAGGACACUGUUAUUCGCAUCAUUGUAUGCCGCUCAGAGUAUGAUCUGGAGACCAUUAAAGACAUGUACCUGGAGAAGUACGACGUCUCCCUGAAAGAUGCCCUGAGGGAUGAAUGCAGUGGUGAUUUUAAACGCCUGCUCUUGGCUAUCUGCCAUUAGUAGAUUGAAAAUGAGAGAGGCAGAGAAGAGAUACAGCAGAGCGUCCAACCUGGACCAAAGGUGCUGCUGCUGCUUUCACCAGGGGAACUAACACUAUUUACACUUGGUCCGACUGUCCGCACCUGGAGCUGGAGAGAUGUCUAACCCGACUUGUGUUUGGUCACAACCCCGAGUUGGUCUUAAUAUAUUUGGGUAGCUGUCUUUUUUUUUUUUUUGGAAAAUGUCCCAUGAAAUGAAAAAUGCAUUUUCAUUCUUGUUACCUCUUUAAUCUGCACUUCCUGAAUUGGGAACGAGAUUGAGAAAAGACAAGUGAUCUUCUACCACCGAAUUAAAACUAGCCAAUAUGUCCACAUUCUUCUCAACAUGCCCCGCCAUUAUUGGCUGGUUGUCAAAGGAAACUGAAACUGCCUCCCCUCACCAAAUUUCAGCCAAAUUUCCAUUUCAUUUGGAUAUACGUCAAAUCUAAAUGCCGUUUCAUGGGACGUUUAACAGAGAUGGCAUAUUUCACAGGAAUGCAUUAUGUUUGGUAAAAAGUGGAAUAUCCUGGUUUUUCACUGAGCAGAGUCUCUCAGUCUUGGACUUGUUUGAGUCCAUGUCCGUUCACACUUGCCUGUUUUGUUCUUUAUCAACAGCUAGUUGUUUCUCACGAAAACAAUAGCCCAAUUUCUUCUGAAAAUGAAAAGCCCUGUGUCACAUGAACAAAACAUCUUUAGUGGCUGGCCAAUAUAUUUGUACUCAUUACAUAAGGGAUUAUCAAGAAUUACGUCCAAAAAAAAUUGUUUUUCUUUUGUAUAGCCCUGAAUCACAAUUUAGUCCCAGACGGCUUUACGGUCACAUUACAUUCUCCAUCAGAUGAGUAUGGGAGGCAUCAGAGGUGCUGACAGACUACAAACUACCAUUAUAAACAUCAUCAGUCAGCAGGAGUUCCAUUGGUCCUAUGGGUCAGAUAUUGAUAGGUGACAAGUUACAACACAGGGCAUUUGAAUGAACGGCAAGAUCAUUCCAUCCUGCUGCUCUAUAUACUAAUGUAGAAAUAGUGCUAUUACAUUAUAAUAUUAGGAGUGUUAUGUUUUAGUAGAGCCAGGACAAUUAUGUUGUGAGGGGAAAACCUUUGUCACAAUUUAAAUGGAUUAGGUUCUCCUUCCAGUCGCCACACCACAACCUCAAUGACUGCUAUUUUUGACUGCGGUUGAGACAUAAAAAUGCAAUCUCACUCCAUUUGGCUUGAAUAUUUGUAAUGCAAGAAAUAUAGAAAUGUCUUUUUGUUUUGGAAUUUUAGUUGGUAUGGUGAAAGAAACGUCAUGUUUUGAUGGAAUUUUAUCAUUUUAAUCACAACCACUCCACAAAAGAUACUGUAUUUUUACUAAUAACUUAUAGAAAUAAACUAUGUAUUGACUUACGUUUCAUCUUCUCCUACAGGCUGCUGCCAGUAGGACGAUAAAUCCACAUGCACCUCACCUGGUUAUAUUUUUGUAUUUAAAGACUAACAUGGUAGCCUGAUGAAUAUGCAACACUGUUUAAUCUACUAUGGUAGAUAUGUCAGAUGGUAUUUGAUAGAGAACCUGCAGUAACCUUAUAUUUACAUGUAAUACAAAGAUGGCCUGUUACUGCCAGUAUAGCUCAAAACAGUCAUUUGUGUAACCUUAAAUGGCAGCUCUAUUUUAACCUUAGAAAAUUACCCCAACAUUGAAAACAUUUUGCAACCGGCUUAUCAGAUUUACUUAACUUGAUUAAAAGACGAGUUUAGCCUUUUUAAAAUUUUGGAAUCGGAAUUGAAUUGGGACCAAUAUUUUCCUCAAUAAAACCAAAGAUUCCUACAAUAACUGCAAAUAAGGUGUCUAAUGAG